AUGACGGCGUGGUUGGGAUUUGGUUGUUUGCUCAUUUCAUUUUCUCCAACAUUGGUUAUUUUUUUUCGAGUAAUUGCUAGCGAUCCACUUCGAGUUAUUUUAUUCGUUCUAGGGGCAUUUUUUUGGUUAAUUUCUCUUCUAUUGUCGGCCUUAAUAUGGUACAUUAUUGUGCCAUUACGGAAUGUACUGGCGUUUUCAGUUUUUGUUUCGAUUGCAUUUCAAGAACUUGCAAGGCUGAUUCAUUUUAUACUUCUUAAAAAAGCCCAAAGAGGUCUAAGUCAAGUCGCUGCUAGCGGAAUGCACAUAUCAGGUGUGCAUACACUUCAUCAUGCCAGACACAUUUUAGCUAUUGUUUGUGGUUUGGGAAUGGGUUUUAUGGCAGCAUUAUUUCUAAUUGUGAAUGUUAUCGCUGAUUUCUGGGGUAAAGGGACUGUUGGAUUACCUACAACAGUUCCUCAGAUGUCGUAUCAAUUCUCCGUUAAACUUUAUGCUGAAGAUCAAACGUUACCGCUAACUUCUUCAGUAUCUGCAUGUUUAUUAACAAUGUUUCAUGUUACAUGGACGAUAAUAUUAUGGGAUGGUUGCCAUAAAAAGGGAUUAAAAUCCAAUUGGUGGAUAGAAAUAGUUUUGGCCGUUGCAUCCCAUUAUGUCGUUUCUGGUUUGGUAAGUAAUAAUUAUUUUUUCAACUAUUUUUUAAUAUCACUGAGUUACGAUCUAUAUUUUUUUUCUCCUUAUUUCUGGUUUAGUUAA